AUGUUCUCAUACGUUGCAAGCUGGUUUGGUGGGGGAAAGAAGUCUUCAUCCUCAUCGGGUUAUAACGACUCGAUACGUGUUCAUGGAUCAUUGAUUGAAUUUUAUAAAAAACCAUCAUCGGGAAGCCAACAAAAGCCAAAAGUGGUCUUGAUGCAUGCGGAGCUCUCUAUCGAUAAGAAUGAUAGAAAAGGUUAUGAUACCAUGAUGGUGAUCAAGAAUGAAGAGUUGGAAAAAGACGUUAGAUCGUUUUUGCUGGAGGAGAGUAUGAUGUUUUCAUAUGUUGUGGAAGAACACGAUGAUGAUGAAGAGGAGCCUGUAAUUGCUUUCUCUUGGACCGAUGUUACGGACAAGAACAAGAUUUGGGUCUUCAGAUUUUCCGAAGAUAAAGAGGCUCAAACAUUAUCAAAAUGUUUAUCAAGACUUGUUUAUGAAUGUGUGUUUGAAAACUCGUACGAAAGAGAUUUUGAAGGAACUGAAGACGACGAAGAAGAGCUAAAAGCACUUACUGGAGAGACCACAUUACCAUUCAAAGUUGAAACUCUUGAAAUGAUCAAAACAAGCACUGCCCCUUUGUCUAGACCAAGCGUGGGAGGAGUCUCCAGCAGUGGCUCUUCUCCACAAAAGCCAACUGCAGCCUCCUCAUCAACACCUGUACAAAAUACUAAAAUUUACCCAUCAUUUAAGAAAGGAGACACUCAGUCAAGAAAAAAAGAAUAUGAAGAAAAGAAUAACUGCUUACUCUCUGAAUUGUGUUCUGCCAAGUGUGAUCUGUAUUUAUUGAACGAAUCAACUCAUAUUUAUGAAUGCAAGCAACUAGCCGUUAUUGCUACCGUUUAUAUGGUAGAAGAUGAAGAAGGCAACUCCAACUUUGAGUAUAUUUUAGAUAUUUCUCAUGGCGAUGAGCAAUUAAUAAGUCAAAACAUUUCAAGCGAAAUGAACUUACAAUGUUACAAUGAAUUCCAUUCUAUCACUUGGAAUUUCUUGAAUCCCUUCUCUUCUUGGAGUUUGAUUUUCUAUGACAAGGACGAAGAAGCUGAAUUCAAGACAUGUAUGAAUAGAUGUAUUUACGAAUCCAAUACUUGCAGUCAAUUUGACAAGUUGGCUAUUGACGAUCAAGAAAUGCUGGUAAAAGCUUCUACUAUUGAUCAAGCCAUCGAUGAACAAUCAAAAUACCUCAAAGAUCUCGAUUAUGAAGAUGAAGAUUAUGUGGACUUUAUUAGCGACUCUGAAGGAGAAAGUGAACAAUACGAAGAAGAAGAAGAUAGCGAUGAAGAUGACCUUCCAGCACAAGUCAAGAAGGGACCCACACCAAAAUAUUCCAACACUUUAAUGAUUGAUAAUCCUCAACGCGAGAGGACUUUUGUUGUAAGAGGAACAGAUAUCGGUGUGUUUAAGAGAGACGACGACACAGACCAACCAAUAUUUGACACUCAAAUCAAAAACGUUAGUACUCCAGAGGGAGAACUUUUCAUUCCGUAUAAGGCUAUGCUUCACAAUCAAGAUCGUGAUCUUUUAUUCCUUCACAAAGAUCAAGAAGAGCAUUGCGGAAAAGUGUACAGAAUGGAUCUCACACGUGGUGAGGUUGUUGAAACGUGGAAUAGCUAUCAAGACUUGGUACCAAUUGACGAAAUUAGACCAACUGAAAAGUUUGGAGAUCAAUUACCAACUGCAGUGUUUGGUGCAUUGAAUCAGAAUACCAUGUUUGCUAUGGAUCCUCGUAUCUUUGGAUCGGAUAAGGUUGUUGGAAAUAUUAACGCAAUUACUUCCAAGUCUAAUCCUCAAUUCUCAUGUUUUGCAACUACCAGAGAUGGUCGUCUUGUUGUUGGAAGCAGUAAGGGAGAGAUUCGAUUAUACAGUGGAAUUCCAAAUCUUGACAAGACCGGAAAGAAGGGUACUCAUCCAAAGACUGCUAAAACAUUGCUUCCUGGUUUUGGAGAUCCAAUUAUUGGCAUUGACGUUACAGCUAAUGGAGAGUGGGUUGUUGCAACUUGUAAAAAUUAUCUCAUGGUCAUCAAGACAACCAUGCCUGAUAGCGACAGUACUGGUUUUACAGAGAGAAUGGGUAAAAAGAAACCAAUCCCAAGAAUUAUUCAGCUUCUCCCUGAAGACGUUAAAACUGUUGGUGGUAAGGUCUCAUUCAAACCAGCCAAAUUCAACACUGGUUGUGAUGGAGAGUUGUGGAUUGUCACCUCAACAGGCCCAUUCCUGAUUACAUGGAACUUCAAGAGAAUUACUCAAAACAGUUUAUUCGAUUACACAAUGAAAAAGAUUUACAACAAUGAGAAUGUGGUAAUGAGCGAAUUCAAGAACGUGAAGAUCAAUGAAGAAGGAAGACACGCUCCAAUUAUUGUAACCACUCCAAACGAUGUGCUACUUGAAAAGAAAAAGAAAACAAAGGAUUUGCCUUAUAAGAAGCGUACAACACAAUACAAAAAGAACUAA